AAGUCUCUUAGGAUAUCACUAUUUUCUCUCCGGUUUCAUGGGCAGUGGUCGGUUUCUAGGCCACUCUGAAAAGCACAAUGAUGUUCAAACAUUCUCUCCUGCUCUCUCUUCUACCUCGUGUAUUCUCCGCUAUACCACCUCUUAUCACCCUUGAGGACCACUACCUCUCCGAUGUCAUCCCUGUCUCUGAAUACCAUGCCGACUUCUUUGCCUACCAGCCAGCCGCCGUGCCUGCCUUGCGAGAAUGGGACGCCGUCCGCCUUGCCUCCAUGGAUCGCGGGAACGUGUCAAUUCAAGUGAUCUCGCAUGCUCCUGAUAUUGGUCUUUAUCCACCGAAGUAUGCCGUCGCCGCGAACGACCAGCUCGCCGCCAUCGUUGCCACUCAUCCAACCCGAUACCGCGGCUUUGCCGCCCUUCCACUGGCGCCCCACUACGCACGAGCCGCCGCCGAGGAACUCCGCCGCUGUGUCAACGAGCACGGCUUCCUUGGAGCCCUCAUCGACAAUCACUACAAUGGCUCGCACUUCGAUUCUCCCGCGUAUGAUCAUAUUUGGGCGGCGGCGCAGGAAUUGAACGUGCCGAUCUACAUUCACCCGACGUGGCCAUCUCCAGAGAUGCUGGAGCGCUACGGCGGACCACUCCUAUCGGAGCUCGCGCGUUUGGAGCUCAGCACGGCACUCUGGGGGUGGCACAGCGAUGUCGGACUGCAUGCGCUGAAGCUGUUCGCAGCGGGUGUGUUCGAGCGAUUCCCGCGCCUGCAGAUCAUCAUCGGACAUUUCGGGGAAAUGAUUCCGUACAUGCUGGAGCGCGACGAGAACAUCUCCUCGCGUCCGACUUACCGAUUCGGCAACGGUACCAGGAGCUGGCGGGAGGUGUGGAACGAGAACUUCUGGGUGACGACAAGUGGGAUCUGGAGCCAAAGCCCUAUGGCGACGCUUCUACGCACGACGAAAAUAGACAGGAUUCUGUUUAGUGUUGACUAUCCGUUUGCGAGUAACGAGGCGGGGCUAAUGUUCAUGGAAGACUUGGAGGCGAGCGGGCAGGUUGACGAAGAGGAUCUGUGGAAGAUUGGAAGAGCGAACGCAGAGGGCCUUUUGGGCAUCAAACCCAUAAGUCCUACGAUUUUACGAAUGCAAUGAUAAGUGGCGGUAUUAGCAGAGAGGUGCUGUAGCAAACGAUCUCAAUUCUCGAAUCGUCACAUAACAAACAUAGCAGCCAAUGAGAGACUAGAGUUUGCCAU